ACAAAUGAUAACAAAAAUUAAAAAGUCAACAAUCUUUCACACACGUGGUGUUGUGGCUAGUCAGUAGUCAGUAUAUUAUAUUAUUUUUUAUGGUCAAUACCUCACAGCCUCACAGGACUUAUUGGGUGUCAUGGUUUCAGUCUACACACAUAGAUUAAGAGUAGUACUCUAGUGUCUCGUCUCUGGAAUCUGCUACUUAAGUAAAUAGUAAGUCAGUAGGACGAUUAAAGAUAUAUCUCAGUACAGUCAGUGCUGCGGUGCCCAGUGAAUAGUUGUGUUGGUGCUAUAUAUUGGUAAUUUGUCAAUUCGUAAUUUCGUUAGUCAACCAAUCUAGUUGUUUAACGUCAAGUAUUUAAUGUUGGUUGUGCAAGUCGUUCAUACUAGUAUUUUAUUAUCUUUGUGUUUUAAUUUCUAAUUCUCACUUUGGAAUUAAUACCGUUUGACCAACCACAAAGUUUGGUAUUAACCUAAUUGUCUUUCACCUUGCCAACUGUUGCCGACGCAAAGAUGACGGAGGAGUACAUCAAAACUGUUGCCGUUCACAUGGAUAAUUUGAACUCACAUCCUCAUUGCUCUCAUGGACCAACACUAUUGUUUUCUCGAGGAUCUGACAAUAAAAAGUUUUACUCUUGCUCGGCACACAGAGAUCGAAAAAAAUGUUCAUUUUUUGUGUGGGAAAAUCAAAUUGAAUCAAUUGGACAGCAGUUCAUGGAUCAGUAUGAAAGAGAUCUCAUUGUAACAAAAAUGACGAGAUAUAAACUACAAUCCAGGUACGAUCAUGUAAAAAAUUUAAGCCCAGAAGAAAGAUGUUUCUGUCAGAAAUGUGGUGAAUUAUUUUCUAAGACUGAACAGGAGUUGCAUUCAGACCAUUGUGAAAUGCUGGUAGAAAAUAUAAAUGACUUAAAAUUAUCUCACCCUUCACAGUUGUUUAGACCACUUCAAGAAUCUAAAAGUGAAUCUCAGUAUUUUUUUACUGAAAACACCAUUGAAAUGUUGGUCAAAAUGUUUCGCUCCGUUGGUACAACUAAUGUUAUUUGUAUUGGCGCUCCUACUAUACAUGAAAGGAUAUUAUGCAAUGUACCCGAGAUGAACAGUGUUUUACUUGACAUUGAUCAUAGAUAUCUGCAAUUUUAUGAAAGUGACCAUUUCAGAUGGUUUAACAUGUAUAACUGCCAUAUACUUGAAGAAUGUGACUCAGAGUUUGUAUUGGAAGACAUUUUGACUCAAGGAGAUUCAACAGCCGUGUUCAUUGACCCUCCUUUUGGUGGCAGACUUGAACCAUUAGCUUAUACACUAGACAAAUUUGAUCAAAUUAGGAAGAAAAACAACAAAAGCAUAUUAUCGAAGUUUCUGGUAUUACCUUACUUUAUGGAACGUUUUGUGGUCAACUGCUUACCUGGUAUGUCAAUGCUAGAUUAUAAAAUUGACUACAUAAAUCAUAAGAAGUUUAAUAGUUCUGGGCGGAAUAAAGGGUCUCCAAUUCGGAUAUUUACAAAUGUAGAUCAAUGCAAGAUAUCUUUACCAGUCGAGGAAAAUUAUAGAUUUUGUGAUGAAUGUAAUCGAUGGGUUUGCUCAGAAAAUGUACAUUGCUACAAGUGCAAUAGCUGUACAUCAAAAAAUGGUCGUGCAUACAUACACUGUAAUUUGUGUAAAAGAUGUGUGAAAAGAACAUGGAAACAUUGCAAACAAUGUAACAAAUGCUGUUUAAUUGAACACAGUUGUAUGAGAUUUCCAACAAAGGGAAAAAUGAAGGAAAGGGCACGUAAACAACAUAUAUUGUCAAAGGCAUAAAUAUAAAAAAUAUAAAAAUAAUAUUCAAUGUUAAAAUAUGUUAUGGAUUAAAUUAUUAAAAAAUGUAUCAUAUACAAUUUGUUGAAUUAUUUGUAUUACAUUGAAGUAUACUUAGUUGAGUAUUGAUUUAAAAAACAUUUGUAAUAAUAUUAUUAUUAUUAAUAAUUUGAUGUAUUUACUAAGAGUACUAAUUGGGUGCUUAAUUAAGAGAAACAGAUUUAUGAUGUCUUAUUCCUAAGUAUAUUAUAUUAUUAUUAUGGUUUCUAAAGUCUGAAAUACCUAACAAAAAAAACGGUCGAGUCGAGUUUGAUCAGUCAUCAAAUAAUAAAAUAAAAUAAUAUUUAGU